AUGGAUCGGACCAAAGUAGUUCAUCAUACCUAUGCCUCGCGACCCGAGGAUACACAGUCUCUCGAGGCAUCGUCAGCAUACUCGUCUCCGGUCUCGGCAAUAGGAUCCCAAGGAGGCUUCUCGCCAGUCGGCUUGGGACUCUCCCACUGUGGCAUGGAGAAUGCCUUCGGUCAAGUGAGGCUCUAUGCCCCAUCCAUACCUGUCCCACCUGCAACGCCAUCACAACUAGUUCCUGAAGCUGCUGCCUACGAUUUCCAAUUCGAAGUUGAUGACGACCGCUCCCAAUACGCAAUCUACAAUGGACUCCCAGAUGCCUCGGAGUCUUCACUCGGCGUCUACAGCCCGACAGCCAUGAGCGCGUCCCCUAGCUACAACUCUGUGGAUUUAGGCCCUCGACAGUUCAUCGAUACCCCUUACCCUGCGAUGCAAGAGGAUAUGUCGCUUGGGAGUGCCUCUGGACAGAACAUGACCUCCGAGCGAAUUAUGACUCAGUCUCGAACAGCCUCCCCUGGGACCACGGAGAUGGAUUCAAAAUCAAUCAAAGGAGACUGUUCUCCCCGCAGCAAGCUUGUCUCUGCUAGUGGUCUUGAAUGUCCGAUGUGUGGUGCUAAAUUCACCCGACGUUCCAACUGUAAAGAACACCAAAAGGCACACGAUCCUAGUUGGAAGAAGAAACACCCGUGCGAAGAGUGUGGCAAGACAUUUGGCAGGAUGGCAGAUCUGAAAAGGCACCUAAACAGUGUUCAUUUAGGGAUCCGCCGACGGAAGUAA